AUGUCUUUCGCAGGUGAUGAUAGAUUUUCGGCCACCAAUUCUCUCCGAAGGGAAUACGAUUCACUUCUUGAACAUAAACAAUACUUGCUGAAAGAAAAUCAAGAUCUUAGAGAAUUUGAUAGACAAAUGAAUCAAAAAUUAACUUCUCAUCACGAAGUGUUGAGAAUGUUAACGACCAACAUCCAAAGUGUUAAAUUGGAAAUUCAAAAAUUGGAAGGUAUCAAGGCACAACUGUUAAAUGAGCAAUCUUCUAAACUUGUACAAGAUGCUGAAUCUGGCACUAGUGGGAAUACUAAUAAUUUGGAUAAUCGGCAAGAAUCAACAAAUAAUAAUAAUAAGGUAACACUGCAGGAAAUAUUAUUAACAUCAUACACCGAGGAAAUAUUAUCCUCCAUGGAUCAUAAGGAUAUUCUCCACAUCAUCCAAACACUACAACAAGCAACCAAUCAAACAAAGUAA